AAAUAUAGUUAAAAUACUGUAACUGGGCUUCCUCUAGGUCUAAGAUGUGUAUAUUUGACAGUUGUCACUCCAAGUGCCUUGAAUUUUCCUUUGUUUGCAUAGGUUGCAUGCUAGUUUGUGAAAUGUGCAGAACUCUUCUUGUGGAGAUACUUUUUUUCAAUAAGGAAGAGGACUGUAGGAGUGGUCAAUGGAUGAAACACCCCUUCCUUUAUGGCUUAAAGAUGAACCAGAGCCACUGUAAAAAAUAUUGAGCUUCCCACAUGGACAACAUGCAUCACCUCCUGCUAUUCUUUGGGAUGUUUCUCCUCCCUAAAGUUGACACUCUGAAGUGUUAUGAGUGUGCAGCAGGAAGCUCAGGCUCCUGCAUUGAUGCGACUAAAGAGUGCCCUUCGCUGGCGGAUCGCUGUGGUGCACUUCGACUUAUCGUAUAUCAUGACGAUGCUGUGAUUGCAGAUAUCAAAGGAAAAAGCUGCACUUCCGCUGUUCACUGUGCAAAUGCCUCUGUCAAUUUUGGAGAGAGCAGAACUUUACUCACCAACAAAUGUUGCACCACUGACCUCUGCAACACGCUACCUGCACCUGAUGUCAGUAAGUCCAGGUCCAAUGGUAAUAAAUGUUUCAGCUGUAACGGGCUGCACUGCGACACCUCUUUAGACUGUCUAGGCAACGAGCACUAUUGCAUCUCAGCGACUUUGGAUGUCAAUGGCCAGAGAAGAACCAUGAAAGGUUGUGCCUCCAAGCAAAUGUGCUCCAACAAUCAACACGUGUCCGCACUCAUAGGAGCAAAGGUCACCUGCUGUGAUUGCGACUACUGCAACAGUGCUGGUCAUACACCAAGAGCUGCCCUUCUAAUAUUGCUCACACCACUCCUGUCUUUGGCGAUGUUAUCUUAACACAGUUCUUCUCAAAUAGUAUGACGAAACCCCCUCGGGGGGGGGGGGGGGGGGGGGGGGGGCGUGGGUGCGGUGCGAUACCAGGGAUAGCCCGUGUGCCCCCGGGGAAAAUGUUUUAUCAGUAUCAUGCAGAAACACGCUUCAAAACCUGCUUUGAAAAGCUGUGCAUUACAAUACAUGCCCAUUGUAGCCGUUAGUCCUGACUUCCUCUUUUUGUUUUAAAUAAAUUGGCACACAUUGUUUUAUCUAUUUUUGUUUUGUAGGUUAAAGAGAGUGGGGGUGUGUAAAGGUUUUUUUCUUCAAAGGUUUUUUUCUUCAUAGGAGAGGUGUAACAGAAAAUAAUUGAGAACUGCCUUAACCCCUCUAACCAAUGAGCUUUAAGAGGUAGUCCCCUGAAAUUAUUUUCACUUCACUUCACAGGUGUGGUUGAAGCUCAUCGAGAGAAUGCCAAGAGUGUGCAAAAAAGUAAUCAGAGCAAAGGGUGGCUGUUUUGAAGAAACUAGAAUAUGAAACAUGUUUUCAGUUAUUUCACCUUUUUUUUGUUAAGUACAUAACUCCACCUGGGUUUAUUCUUAGUUUUAAUGCCUUCAGUGACAAUCUAUAAUGUAAAUAGUCAUGAAAAUAAAGAAAACACAUUGAAUGAGAA